AUGGAUCCACGCGAUGCUUCUCCCCCUCCGACCACUCCACGACUGCCUUCACCUCCACCUUCUACAGUCAUUCCUCCCACACCCGCGUCGUCAUUUGGCGACGAGGUGGAGGACCCGCCAGCUAGGUUGUCAGAUGAGGCGAAGACCUUGGAUUGUGGCAACUCAGUGGGGUACCCCUCCGAGGACGACGUGUGGGACUUCUUCCUCUACGAGCCAUCGAAGGCGAAGAAGCCACGGCCGAGCUUGGAUGAUGAGGAGGAGGAGGCCGGCGACGACGGUGGCGAAGGUGAGGACAACGAGGACGUCGACGAGGAGGAGGAGGAGGACCACUACUACUUCGUCGUCGUGGCCAACGACCGCGAGUAG